CUAAGGACUUUUAUUUUGAAUUUAGCCUUUACCUUUGUUGAUAUUUUUACUUACACCGGCUGCAUCCAUCAUGUGUAGCAUCAUUUAGCUUUUACCGCACUAAAAAUACUCAAAUGUGCCAGAAAAGGUCUGAAGAAUAUAUAUGGAAGUAAGACCACCAAUUAAGAUGGAAGAAAGGCAGUAUUCAUCUCUGACGGCCCCUAUGGAUUAUCUUCAGUACUGGUAUCAAACCAAUCCUCAGCAGUACCAGGCAGAGCAGGUGCCGCAGUACCACCAGAUGGUUAAUGCCGUCCAAUACGCCGAGAGACCUGUGGAGGACAAAAUCAUGACUGAUCUUUCAGUGCAUCAAGAGCCAUAUCUGGAUCAACCUCAGCAGCCUCAUCAACUCUCUGCCCAACCACCAGCCCUUCCGACGACUCCGGCAAAAGGAAAGAAAAGGGGAAGGCCUCCAAAAGGUGAAGGAAAGGAGAGGACGGAAGCUGAAGAGUCUGCCAAGAAAGCGAAGAGGACGUUAGAUCGGUUCAACGGGAUGUCAGUGGAGGAAGUCAUGGCUAGAAAGCUGCCAGACGUCAUCACACACAAUCUUGACAUGCUGAUUAUCGGCAUCAAUCCAGGACUUUUGUCAGCCUACAAGGGAAGGCAUUAUCCAAAUCCUGGGAACCACUUUUGGAAAUGCCUAUAUCUUUCUGGGCUGACUGAUGAACAGCUCAACCACAUGCAUGACCAGACGCUUCCUGAACGGUAUGGCAUUGGUUUCACAAAUAUGGUGGAGAGGACAACACCUGGGAGUAAAGACCUAUCAAACAAAGAGAUCCGUGAAGGUGGCCACCAGCUUUUGGAAAAGCUCCAGAUGUACAGACCUUUAAUCGCUGUGUUCAAUGGAAAAUGUAUUUACGAAACAUUUUGCAAGGAGAUUUUUGGAGUAAAGGCUAAGAACUUAGAGUUCGGGUUGCAGCCUUACAAAGUGCCAGAAACAGAAACGGUUUGCUAUCUGAUGCCAUCAUCAAGCCCACGCUGUGCCCAGUUUCCUCGUGCUCAGGACAAAGUGCACUUCUUCAUCAAGUUAAAGGAGCUCAGGGACCAGAUGAAGGGAGUGGUGAGGACUCAAGAGAUCCAAGAGACAAGCUACACAUUUGAUCUGCCUCUGGCCAAAGAGGAUGCCAAAAGACUGUCAAUCAAAGAAGAGCAGCAUGACCCUGGAUACGAGGAGACCUGUGCCCAUGGAUCACAGCAGCACACACAGCAAGCAUUUGAGGUCCGCCCUUCUACAGACACAGAUCAGGUAUCGGACAACCGGUGGACAAUGCAGCCGUUUGCGGACCAGAUUCCAGACAUCAGAUGUAGCAACAGCAACUGAACAGCCUGAGAAAAGGACCAGCUAAACAUUCUUUUUUUAUUAUUGUUUUAUUUAAUAUUUUAAUGUGUUUUGCCUGUUUCUGAGUGAUUGAUUCAGAGCUGUUAGCUGA